AAUGCAUUUUCUGAAUUGAAUGCAAAAAUAGUGCAGCUACUUCAGAAGGACUGUUUUAAGGAGGGGGAACAUUUUGCUGCCUUCGAAGUGUAUGAUAAGUACGAAUGCAUCUACUACACAGACGUAUUCGUUAGCAAGUAUAAUAACCUAGUUGACUACUAUAUCAAAGAAAUCCCGUUUGUUCUAUACACAGUGUGUUCUCAUAAUGCAUUUCAGUGCCAGUUUGAUUUCUUUAAUGGCGCUGCUUGUCUCAAAUCGUGGGUAGAGGCUGGGGACGUUUCUUUUAUUUAUUCAAAUUGUAAAAAUCUGUUGCUUGCAAUAGAUGAUAUUUUGAAAAGUGCAGAAAGUGAACAAUGAGUCAACCAUCUCCAAAGCGCAUUAAAUUAAACCAAGAUCAGCGGGAAACCAAUGAUCUGGAAGGGGUUUCUGUAGAAUGUGCUUUCAAGAGUCGAAUAUGUACGGGUGAAAUAUUUAAUCGGUCUGGUUUCAAGGAUCCUCUGUACUUCUUGGAUGCAUGUUUUCCUGUCAUUAACAAUAGAGUGCGAAAUGUCAACCGGCCUCUUAAAAUUAAUUUUGUACUUAUCUGCAAUUUUGUAUUGCCUAAGUUAGGAGAAGCACAAGAAAUGGGCAUGAACACAAAGAAUGUUGAAAUAUUACCUUCCGAAAUCGACAGUGAUUGGUAUUCAACUAAGAUUAAAAAGAAGUUGUUAAAGAAACUGGAGGCUUUCCAACAGAGAGAUUCCGGUUGGGCACUAAGAGACAUAGUUAAACUGCGUGUUAAUGUUAACGAAAAUCGAGGGUUUCAUGGAGGGCGUUACAGAAAACUGCCAAAAGUUAUAGCAAAUAAACAUGCAGUACCGUAAAAUGGGGCGACUUUGUGACUGGUGGGGUGACUUUGUGACAAGGGAUCGAGUUUUCGUAUUUUAAAUCUCGCGCCGCGACCGCUCGUCUCAGGAAAGAGCUGAACAACGCAUUUCGUUUGUCAGACAUGCCACGCCACGUAGCGGCAGCAGGGUGAAGCUUCUGCACACGCAUAGUUCCUUCCGACGCCGUUGCUUAGAAACGCUGUUAUUUACGUUUUCGUAAAACGAGGGAAACUUUAUAUUGUGAAAACGUUUAUGUUAAGGACGCAACUAAAACAGCACUGGAAAGAAGAUGAGGUCUUAUAAAAGGAAGUUGGGUGCAAGAGCCUAUAGAAAUUACUCUCCAGAGACGUUAGAUAAAGCCGUUAAAUUGGUUUUAACAAAGAAAAUGACCCUGCGAGCAGCAUCUGAAAGGUUAGUGGCAGUUC